GCGCCCAGCUGGACGUCGGUUGUGAUUAGCGGCUGGGCGUUAAUAAUGGAAUUUACGAAACGUUUGAAAAGCGCUUUUCCCUGGAAAAUGUUCUGGCUGCUGCUGCUGCUGCUGCUCACUUGCAACUUGUCGGAGCGAAUUACAGAUGCUCAAGACGCAGACAUUGUCAGCUCAUGCUCACGGUAUAAGAAGAGCGUCUUCGAUAAGCAGGAUGGCUACAGCUUUCUGUUCCCGAGUGCGCCAAUUACCUAUAAGACCCUGGACACGUGUCACAGCUACACGCCGCUGAUUGUCGACGGAACGCCGGCCGAUCCAAAGGAGUUUCCUCACAUGGCGCGUCUGGGUAAUCGCAAUGACAACAAUGUGACCAAUUGGUUCUGUGGCGGCACCUUGAUAAGCAAUCGGCUUGUGCUCACUGCGGCCCACUGUCUCUACUCGGAAAGCGGCGAAAUCAAUGUGGUGCGACUGGGUGAGCUGGACUUUGACAGCGACCAGGACGAUGCAGAGCCGGAGGACUUUGGUGUGCGGAAUACCACAGAGCAUCCUGACUUCAAGUACCCAGUGCUAUAUAAUGACAUAGCUCUCGUCGAGCUGGAUCGCGGUGUUCGCUUCAGCGUCUACAAGCAUCCCGCUUGCCUGCCCUUCAAUGAUGGAGAGCGCUAUAGCAGCUUUGUUGCCGCUGGCUGGGGCCAAACCUCAUUUGCCGGUGCCCACUCGAGCAAGCUUAGAAAAGUGAAGCUCAAUGGAUUUCGCAGCAACUGCCUGCAGUCCGAUGAUGUCGAGGAGCUGCCCAGUGGAUACAAUGCGACGACACAAAUGUGCGUUGGCUCCGCGCAGAACAAGGAUACCUGCAACGGCGACUCUGGCGGCCCGCUCUUGACCUACCAUGAGGAAUAUCCGUGCAUGUAUCAUGUCAUGGGCAUCACUUCGCUGGGCAUUGGCUGCGGCACGCCCAACGUGCCGAGUCUUUAUACGCGCGUGCACAGCUACUUGAACUGGCUUAAACAGGAGAUGGCAAAAAUUUCGUGAGAUCUAGAGAGAGCUUUAACUAAGCCGGGAUUUACCAUGUGCGCCAUGUACUUUUACUGGGAAGUUAUUUAACGAUAAUUUGAAUAAUUCAAUUGUAAACUGCAGUGUUUGGUCAGCAAUAAAAGGUUCAACACGGCGGCUGCGCAUCAAGCCGGCUAUCAAUCAUUUUCUAUAAGUGGUUGCUGAUGACGUCACGUCUACCUCUACCUCCGCCUCUACCUCUAUCUGCACUUGUAUUGUAU